AUGUCUGAUAACCCUUAUAUGUCUGCCCUUAACGGGGGAGGCCCGACCAUGACUGAAGAAUUCGAUGGUAAAGCCUCAUACUUGGACCAAGAGAAGAAUAUACUUGCUUCGGCAUCAUCCACUGAAAGGAUGAGAUCGUCGCUAAGCAGUAAGUACUGUACCAUGUCUGUUGAUGAGGUUGUUAGUCAACUGGAUACGGACUUGAAAAGUGGGUUGUCCAAUCUUCAGGAUGUGUCUCACCGUCGUUCCAUUCAUGGUUUAAAUGAAUUGGACUCAGAAGAUGAGGAGUCUCUUCUUUGGAAGUUCCUAGAAACGUUUUAUUCCGAUCCCAUGAUAAUGCUUUUGAUUGGCUCUGCUGUUAUUUCGUUUUUAAUGGGCAAUAUAGAUGACGCCGUGUCAAUCACUGCGGCUAUUGUCAUUGUGGUAACGGUUGGUUUUGUUCAGGAAUAUAGAUCUGAAAAAUCGUUGGAAGCAUUGAAUAAACUUGUCCCCGAAAUGGCACAUUUGACCAGAAACCAUGCCACAGAAACGGUUUUGGCAAGUCAUCUAGUUCCCGGAGAUUUGGUUCAUUUCAGUGUUGGCGACCGUAUUCCUGCUGAUGUUCGUUUGACCGAGGCUGUCCAUUUAACUAUCGAUGAGAGUAAUCUUACAGGCGAAACAAAGCCAUCAAAGAAAAGUGCUGAUAUUGUGAAGAGUCCGAACACUUCUGUCAAUGAGCGUUCCAAUAUUGCAUUUAUGGGUACCUUGGUUAGAGAAGGUCAUGGUUCUGGUAUCGUUAUUGCAACGGCCAAAGAUACGGCUUUUGGUUCCGUUUUUGAUAUGAUGGAAGCCAUUGAGAAACCUAAAACACCGCUACAAAAAUCCAUGGAUAAGUUAGGUGGCCAGUUGUCUAUGUUCAGUUUUGUCGUGAUUGGUGUCAUUGGUCUGAUUGGAAUUUUCCAAGGUAGAUCAUGGUUGGAUGUUUUCCAGGUCUCUGUCUCUUUAGCCGUUGCUGCUAUUCCUGAAGGUUUACCUAUUAUUGUCACUGUUACCCUUGCGUUGGGUGUCUUGAGAAUGGCAAAACAAAAGGCUAUUGUGAAGAGAUUGCCGUCUGUUGAAACGCUAGGUUCUGUUAACGUGAUUUGUUCUGAUAAAACUGGUACACUAACUCAAAACCACAUGACCGUAAACAAGGUCUGGACUACUGAUAUGAAGUCAAACCCAAUAACUUUUGAAAACGUUCAAUCUGCUUAUAGUGUUCAUCCUAAAGUUAUUACAGAUGUGUCUAAUGAUGUCAAGAUUCUACUGAAUGUUGGUUGCCUGUGUAACAAUUCGAGGUUUUCUGUUGAAAAGGAGAAAUUCCAAGGUAACCCAACUGACAUUGCAAUCAUUGAAGCUUUGAGUAACUUUGGCUUAUACGAUAUCAGGGAUAACGUUGCCAGAGUUAAUGAACUUCCUUUUUCUUCUUCGAGAAAAUAUAUGGCAGUUUCCUGUGGGUCUGGUUCUGCUGUUGAAACAUAUGCAAAGGGAGCAACUGAAAAAAUUCUAUCCCUUUGUAAGAGCUACUAUAAUAAAAAUGGGGAAAUUGUUAAAUUGACACCAGAUGUAAUAAAAUCCAUCAAUGAAUCGGUAUCUUCUUUUUCUAACGAAGGACUACGUGUUUUAGCCUUUGCCAAAUCGAGCAAGCCUUUUGAUGGUGAGCCAAAAGACUUGAUUUUUUGUGGUCUAAUGGGUAUGAAUGAUCCGCCAAGGCCACAGAUCAAAACUUCUAUUCAAUCAUUAACUCGUGGUGGUGUUCACGUUAUUAUGAUUACGGGUGAUUCUGAACAAACAGCUCUCAAUAUUGCGCAACAAACAUCUAUUCCUACCGGACCAAAUUGUGUUCUUACAGGUGAUAAACUUGAUAGCAUGAACGAAAUUGAGCUUGCAGAUGCUAUCCAAAAUGUUACUGUUUUUGCUAGAACAAGUCCAGAACAUAAAUUGAAGAUUGUGAAGGCACUUCAAAUGAGAGGUGAUAUUGUUGCCAUGACUGGUGAUGGUGUGAAUGAUGCGCCAGCCCUAAAGUUGGCCGAUAUUGGUAUUGCCAUGGGCUUGAAUGGUACAGAUGUUGCAAAAGAAGCUGCUGAUAUGGUUCUCACAGAUGACGAUUUUUCUACAAUUCUGCAUGCCAUCAAAGAAGGUAAAGGUAUUUUUAACAAUAUUCAAAGUUUCUUAACUUUUCAACUUUCUACCUCGGUUGCUGCCUUGUCCUUAAUUGCAUUGGCCACAUUAUUCAACUUACCAAAUCCAUUGAAUGCUAUGCAGAUUUUAUGGAUUAAUAUCAUCAUGGAUGGGCCACCAGCACAAUCGUUGGGAGUUGAACCAGUUGAUGGGGAAGUAAUGAAUAAACCUCCAAGGAAGAGGAAUGACAACGUCUUAACGAUGAAGGUAAUCAAGCGCGUUUUACAAAGUGCACUAUUUGUUAUAGUUGGUACCAUGUAUGUUUAUGUUCGUGAAAUGGGAGAUAGCAUCACGCGUAGAGAUACCACUAUGACGUUUACAUGUUUUGUUUUGUUCGAUAUGUUCAAUGCUCUUUCAUGUCGUUCUGCCAACAAGUCUGUUUUUGAACUUGGAUUUUCUAACAAGAUGUUCAAUUAUGCUGUUGGCGGUUCCUUACUUGGCCAGUUAUGUGCAAUUUAUGUUCCUUUUUUCCAAGAAAUUUUUCAAACUGAAGCAUUAUCUUUAGGUGACCUCAUCUAUUUAUUAACAAUAAGUUCAUCUGUCUGGAUUGCAGACGAAACUAGAAAAUACAUAGUCAACAAAAGAGGAGGACUUAUAUCCCCAGGUUACAGCAGUUUUGUCUAA